GCUCAGAAACCAGCGGCUCAUCGUUAGUGUGAAGUAGAAGUUAGAGCGCUAGAACCAUUCAUGGGCUUUCCAGAAACAAACCACAGUGACUAAAGGCAUUUGAGACUAAAAUUAAAAAGCUUGAAAAAAAAAGAGGAGCGACCAAAUAACCAUACUUGUGCCUGUUGUUUUAUUUCUCGUUCAUACGGACGGGCUUUUUGUCUUCACUCUCGAUGAGAACAUGGAGGCAAAACACAUUUGCUUCACUUCUGUUAGGAAAUACAUGUAAACAAACUGGACCGACCUUUGCUCGGUCCUUCAGACAGAUGCGUUUGUUAUUUGAGAGCAGCUUUCCAGUCUCCCGACAGGUGCACGGAGAUGGCUUUUCUUUUUUACUGUUUUAUAAUCCUGUGUUGUGUUGACCACCGUGCGACUCUUGGGGAUGAUCAAGGCGUACCCCUCAUCGCCCAGUAUUUCAACACCAAAGGGAGGUACGAAGAGGUGAACCCACAUCUCAGACGGGACGCGCUCGCUGUGAACAGGUCUGUUUUGCAGCCGCCGUCGCCGCAGUGUCGUGAAAUCCAUCUGACGGCCAUCGUAAGGCACGGCACGAGAUAUCCAACGGCUCGGAACGUCAAGGACAUGCAGCAGCUGCACAGCGUCGUCCUGAAUAAUUCCACAGGCGAAUCUAGCCGCCUGCGGGAAAUCCUCAGCCAGUGGACGAUGUGGUACACCGAGGACAUGGACGGCCGGCUGGCCCAGAAAGGUGUGGAAGAUCUAAAGCAUCUGGCCGUCAGGCUGUCAAAGCUGUUCCCCUCACUGGUUUCUGGGGAGAAGCUUCGAGGUGGACUCAUCAGGUUCACGAGCAGCUCCAAGCACAGGUGCGUUAACAGCACGCUGUCGUUCAAAGAGGGACUGACAGAGAUGUGGGCCAUCAGAGAUGUGGAGUUUGGCCAUGAGGUAAAUGAUGCUCUCAUGAGGUUCUUCGACCAGUGCACCAGGUUUGUCCAGGAAGUAGACGGAAACCGGUCGGCUGUGAUAGAGGUCCAAAAGUUCAAGCAGGGGCCGGAGAUCAUGAGGGUCCGGGAGAAGAUUGCGGAGCGUCUAGGAGUGCCAUCCAGUUUCAUCACACACGAUUUGGCUGAGGCGGCGUUUCUCCUGUGUUCUUAUGAGUUUGCUGUCAAGGCUGUAAACUCCCCCUGGUGUCAGCUCUUUGAUGAAGAGGAUGCGAAGGUUAUGGAAUAUGCGAGUGACCUGAGGGAGUUCUGGAAAAGAGGCUACGGUCAUGCUAUUAACAGCAGGUCAAGCUGCAUCCUCUUCCAUGACCUGUUCCGUCGACUGGAAAAGGCAGCCGGCGAGAACAAGUCGCGUCGGCAGGUCAGUGAAGCGGUGACCGUCCAGAUCGGCCACGCAGACACCCUGCUGCCGUUGCUCACCCUGCUUGGCUUUUUUAAGGACACCGCACCGCUGACGUCGACCAACUUCGCCUCACAAACCCAACGCUCUUUCCGCACCAGCCACACGAUGCCUUACGCUGCCAAUUUCCUUCUGGUCCUGUACGACUGUGGCGAAGGAGGCAUCAGACUGCAGCCUCUGCUGAACGAGAAGCCCUUGACCUUCCCUGGUCUGACUGACCAGCAGGCCUCCAUACCGCUCUAUGAAGAGGUCCGAAAGCACUACAGAGAUCUGCUCAAUGGGUGUGACCCUGAGACUGAAUGUCACGGCGUCAAAACUCCUGCUGAAGUUUAGGACUUAAAUACAUUUUGUUUCCUGUUAGUAAUUGAUCAAUUAAAUUCAUUUCUAUCAAAAUUUAACUGGUCUGAACCAAACUGGAAAGAACUGAGUAACAACUUAAUAUGAAUGUUGUACUUGAUGGUUCUAUUUUUAUUUUUUUUAUUUAUCAGUGGCAACCAAAAACUCUUAAGACAUAAUUAAUUAUGAGCUGUUUUGAAGUCCUUAUUACAUAGAUAUAUUUUACACAUACUGUAGGAAGUAAUAAGCUAAGCAAUUAUGUUUUGUUUU